AUGAUGAAUACCAAGCUCAAAGAUCUUUCGCUGCUGGAAGCCUCUGACUUUCUCAAGGCUCCGGACAGUCUUGAUACAUCUGACAACGAAUCGUUUGAUGUGAUGGACCCAGGCUCGGGAAGGCCGAUAUGCCGCUUGACGGCCUCUAACCUCAAAGACGUGGACUAUGCCAUUCAGGCCGCAAGCCAAGCUUUCCCGUCGUAUUCGGCAAUCCCGGCCAGAGAACGCGCGAUGCUGCUGCUGAAUUUCGAUAAGCUCAUCCGUGACAAUCUCGACGAUCUUGCUUGGAUUCUGGUCUACGAGACGGGCAAACCGUUGGAAGAGGCACGAGCAGAGGUGCAGUAUGCGCUCACUUUCAGCUGGUGGUACGUUGGAGAGACCGAACGUGUGCAAGGUCAAGUGGUCAAGAGCGCCACCAAUCCUUCUCUACGCUACUUGACGGUGUGGCAACCCGUCGGCCCUGUGGCAAUCCUGACGCCCUGGAACUUUCCUGUGGCGCUCUUCGUCCGCAAAGCAGUCAGUGCCCUCGCAGCCGGAUGCACAAUUGUCGCCAAACCAUCACCUGAAACGCCUCUCUCGACACUUGCGGUUGCCAACUUGCUCCAUCGCGCUGGUUUCCCCUCUGGCUCCGUCAACAUUGUCCUGGCAUCCUAUCGGAAUACCCCGGCCAUCGGCCAGGCCCUUUGCACUGAUCUGCGUAUCAAGAAGCUCAGCUUCACAGGUAGUACCCGUGUAGGCCGACUACUGAUGCAACAGUGUGCACCAACCCUCAAGAAGCUAACGCUUGAACUAGGUGGCCUUGGUGCGUACCUCAUCUUCGACGACGCUGACAUCGAGGCAGCUGCCACAGCACUUGUCGCCAAUAAAUUGCGACACGCAGGCCAGACCUGCAUCUCGGCGCAGAGGACUUUUGUGCAUGAGUCCAUCGUCGAUAGAGUGCUCAAGUGCAUCAUAGAACUGCUGGAUCGUGUAACGCUCGGACACGGUGCCCAACCAUCUACGACACUCGGACCACUGCAGACCGAACGAAGUCAGCAAAAGGUUCGCGAGCAUAUCGAAGACGCCAGAGCUAAAGGCGCCACAGUUUAUACGUCAAAAGCUGCUGUGCCGAGCUCUGGAUACUUUGUUGCGCCGACCCUGAUCGUAGGAUGCACCGCUGAAAUGCUUGUCUUCCAAGAGGAGUCGUUUGGUCCACUCAUCAGCCUGACGAGCUUCGCCACAGAGCAGGAGGCUGUAGCACUGGCCAAUAAGACUGAUAUGGGCCUGACUUCUUACGUAUUUACCAAGGACUCGGCGCGGCUUUGGCGAAUGUUUGAGCAGCUCAAGGCCGGUAAUGUCGGACUGAAUGUCGGCGGCAGUACCACGGCGGCCGAGAUCCCAUUUGGCGGUGUCGACCAGUCAGGGUUCGGAAAGGAAGCCGGAAUCGGCGCCGGCCUUAAGGAGUAUAUGGUCGAGAAGUCGGCCACCAUGUCGAUAGCAUAA